UGGACUACAUUUGUAGUCCUGGGAAACUGAUAGAGUGAGACCUCUUCCCUUUUCUCUGCUUUAAGAGCCAGCCAGGGGUCUGUGACACUCACCCGUGGUCUAAAAACUUCAGCUUUGUUAUUUUGCGUUUUACUGCAAGCAGCGCCAUGUUUGCCGUCAGAAACGCGCUUCGUCUCGGCUCCAGGUUAUCCAUCCCUGCGGUAGCAAGAAGAGGCUGUGCUGGAGCUGCCAUCCCCGUGGACGACGUAGUGAACGGACUCACAGACGAGCAGAUACAGCUAAGGCACACAGUCCACAAAUUCUUUGCAGAAAAGCUUGGUCCUCAUGCUGAUGAGAUCGAUAAGAAGAACGAGUUUCCAGGAAUGCGGGAUUUUUGGAAAGAAAUGGGGACGAUGGGACUUCUUGGCAUCACUGCUCCAGUGGAAUGUGGAGGCACAGGAUUGGGCUUCCUGGAUCACAUAAUUGUGAUGGAGGAGUUGUCACGAGUGUCAGCAGCCAUUGGUCUCAGUUACGGCGCCCACUCUAACCUUUGUGUCAACCAGCUGGUACGCCAUGCCAACGAAAAACAGAAGGAGAAGUACAUGCCAAAGUUAAUAACAGGAGAGCAUGUUGGAGCCCUGGCAAUGAGUGAGAACAAUGCUGGCUCCGAUGUUGUGUCGAUGAAACUCAGAGCAAAGAAAGAAGGAGACUAUUAUGUUCUGAAUGGCAACAAGUUCUGGAUCACAAAUGGCCCAGAUGCCGAUGUGCUUAUUGUGUAUGCCAAAACAGAUCCUAAGGCCUAUCAAAAAGGCAUCACAGCUUUCAUUGUUGAAAAGGGAACGCCUGGAUUCUCAACCGCACAGAAACUCGACAAACUCGGCAUGAGAGGAUCAAACACCUGUGAGCUCAUCUUUGAAGACUGUAAAAUCCCAGCGGAGAACAUCCUGGGUCCAUUAAACAAAGGUGUAUAUGUGAUGAUGAGUGGCUUAGAUCUGGAGAGACUGGUGCUUGCAUCUGGACCUAUUGGAAUCAUGCAGGCAGUUUUGGACGCUGCUGUUCCCUAUCUGCAUGUCAGAGAAGCUUUUGGUCAGAAGAUUGGACACUUUCAGCUGAUGCAAGGCAAGAUGGCCGACAUGUACACCAGGCUGAGCGCCUGUCGGCAGUAUUUGUACAGCGUUGCUCGUGCUUGUGACAAAGGACACUUCAGUGCAAAGGAUUGUGCUGGCGUGAUCCUGUAUUGUGCUGAGAAUGCCACUCAGGUUGCUUUGGAUGGCAUUCAGUGUUUGGGUGGGAACGGCUACAUCAAUGACUACCCAAUGGGACGAUUCCUGCGUGAUGCAAAGCUGUAUGAAAUUGGUGCCGGGACAAGUGAAGUUCGCAGGCUCAUCAUUGGACGAGCCUUCAACUCCAUGUUCAAAUAGAGUUCAGAGGAUGACCUCUUAAAGACUGUGAGUGGUUUGCCAUAGAUUAACAAAGUUACUCACACACAAGGCCUUACUGUAGAAACUGUUCGAGAAUUUGUCACCAAGGAUUAUUAUGAAAUCAUAUUACAACUUGACAACAUGCAAAGCAAUUUUUUUAACUACAUUAAGUGUCCUUGAUGUGAAUUUAGGUUGUUUUUGUUUUGUUUUUUUAGGAUUGCUACAGUCUCACUUAUACUCUUAUACAGACCUCCUGGCAACCAUCAAUUGCUAUAGAAAUAUGCAUACUCUCCAACCAGUUGGCAAGAGGUUGCUGUGAAAUCCACUGAUAAAGCCGCAGUCAUUUUGGCCUAGAGACUGGUCACGGACCUCCCCUCAGCCCCCAACCACUGGUCACUAGGGAAAAAUGUGUAUUCAGUGGUUACUUCAGGUUAUUGGCAAUUGCUGGCCUAAAUUGGUCACAAACAGGUAUACAGUGGUGCACUGAAAACCUUGCCGUUACUUUGGUUGCAAGUAGGCCGACAGUAGCUUGUAUGGAAGAUGCUGCAACCAGCAUGUUUCAAAGCUUUUACUUUGAAGGCGAGCUGUCUCCAUUUCCAGUUUCUGUUGUACUUUUUCAACUUUCAGUAGUUGGCAAGUGUUUGCAGACAAACUGGCAUCUUCAGUACAAACUACGGGCAAUCACGGAAGUCUAAUAGCAACCAAAGCAAUCACCAGGACCAGUUUCACCUAGCAACAGCCAUCAACCUCCAGCAACCACUCACCAACCAAUCAGGGAACAUACAGGGUCACUGAUCAGUCUCUGGGCUCGUGAUUAAACACGCCUAUCAGUGUUUCAAAAUGGCUGCAGUGAAGAACUGUUUAUCAUAUAGGGGAAUAAAUAAAUAUAGGUACUCAGUGUUGCCCCAGUCAUUAUCACUACAGUUUUAAAUAAAAAGAUAAUGUCAUCAUUAUCUGAAUUUUCUUCAUUUGUAAGUAUGAAAUGUAAAUAGUUCAAAUCUUCAUGAACUUUGUUUUCAUGAUUUCAGAGCAAGCUGAAAUGUGUGAAAACAGCAAAUGUCUGUGAGUCCUCUGCUAGGAUUAGAAUACAUAUUUGUUUAUUUUUGGGAGUAAAUGUCACUGUAUAUAAUAAAAAUCUAACUGUAGAAAACUGUAUGAUGUGUCUUUUGCAAAUAAUUAUGUAGGUGUACAUUAUGAAACUGCAAAAAAUAAAAUUACAAUUUUUCGA